AUAGUUAGAAAAACGUUAUUAAGCUGUUAACCCGACGACGUAAGCCAGGGCAGGGCAAUUGGUUUAGUGAGUGGUACAGGACAGGUGAUGCAUUUGAGCAGGGCAAACCACUUCACUGGCGGAUACCUCAGCACGUGAUCAAUAGCAAUACUUAACGAAGACCACGGCCAUACUUCGCAUUCGACCUGCAUUUUUCCUUCCGAAGAAACAUGCUCAGCUCUGUUAUUUCCCGAGGUCUGCAGACGCUUUGUAGACGUGGCCUUGGUUACUGGUAUUAGCAAGCUGAUUACACAGCAACAUGUGACAGUCUGAAUAGGAAUUAUUGCGAUGUUGUUUCUGGUGACACCGAGAAGAGUGUCCAUAGUAACCAAUAGCCGCAACGGAGGCAAACAACCGAUCGCCUUUGCUACAGUGCUAAAAACCGAACGUCAAAACAGGACAGGAAUACAAAUACAAACCGUUUGUUCUACAUGAGGACCUGGAACUUAAAGACAUUCAAUUCAUUUUAUUUGAGUGUGGUUACCGGCUAAUAUCAAGGAAUGUAUCAAUCCAUGGCAUGCGGAAGAAAAGUCGUUUUUUAGCUACGUUGUAGUGAUGUCAGCGCUUGGAACAGCGCUUGUAUUUUUAUUGUUACUUUAGAAAGCCUACCUCGCGUCUCUAUCCCUAUGCAUAGCUUAAUAAAACAUGUUCAGUUAAACACUGUACAAUACAGAGAGCCUUGCAAUUUGGUGCAAAUAUAGGAUAUCGUAAACAAUUUCCUAUUGACUUUGAGAUGUCAUUUACCAGCCUGCCGACGUUGGGUAAUUGUAAGCCUAAUAUGCAUGUCUACCUCAGAUGGGCAGUGCAGAAACCUUGAAUGUAAUAAGACGCACAUUUACCAAAAUGCUACCCGGUUCUAUUCAAAUAACUGGAGAGGCAUUGUCGGGAGCUGAAAUAAAGGAUAUUUGUGACAGCCUGAAAGAGAACAGCGUGAGGCUUCUGUCAGUCAGGGGAUGUCAGCUUUCGGACCGAGACUUCGGACGGGUGUGUCGCGGUGUGGCGGAGUCACACACCCUGGUGCAACUCAACCUGAACCUCGGUGUGGUCUCCACAAUCAACCGAACUAAGCAACUCGCCGACGCACUCAAGACAAACAGAUCAAUCCAGACCCUUUUUCUCCAUGGAAGCCCUCUCCUAGACGCAGGAUUGGUCACGCUCAACACUGCCCUGUCCACUCAUCCAUCGCUGGUAUCUCUGGACCUGGGAGACUGUAUGCUGGGGGAUGAGGCUUUGCGGCUCAUCUGUGGCAUGCUGCCUCCGGACGGGGCCAAAUCAGCCUUUCCCACAGGUCUUAGGGAGCUGACUCUGAGUGCAAACCCCAGCAUUACCACCAAGGGCUGGGCUCGUCUGGCCAUCGCUGUGGCCCACAGCUCCCAGCUCAGAGUCCUCAACCUGGACUACAACCCCCUGGGGGACCAGAUUGCAGGUAUGCUUGCAGUGGCUGUGGCUUCCAGCAGAACUCUGGAGGUGUUGGAUCUUGAAGGAACAGGACUCACAAACCAGUCAGCACAGGUCUUCCUGGACAUGGUGGAGAACUACCCCACCUGUCUGCGUGUGCUUGUCCUGGCAGAGAACGCCAUCAGCCCGGAGCUGCAGCAACAGAUCUCAGACCUUCUCUCUGAGGGAGAAGAGGAGGACGAGAAGGAGGGCGAGGCGCGAGGCAGUGAGAGAACCCCCGGCAGGGAGAAAACCACCUGGGUCCCUCACAGCAACUCCCAUUCCCAGAUGGUCCUGCUGACGUCAGGUCUAGGUGAGAGCCUACUGGCCGAGACUGAGAUGUGAUUCCGCAGCCUUCCUUUUUCGCUUUUUACCUCUCUUCUGUUUGCUAGUGUGCACAUCAUUGAGUUUUCGUAUCACCUGGUAGCGGGCAACCAAUCAGACUUUUUGCAUGACCUGUAGCACUUGUACAUAAAAUAAUGUUUUGGAGCAGCCACAAAACCCUUAACACAUACACCAAGUGACUUAUCGGCAAUAGUGAAUUAUUUAUUUUCAACAUGUACAGUCUAUUUUCUGUUCCUAUUUAAAGGUAAUGUAACCAAUCAAAAGUCUGUAUUCUCUGAUAGAUCGACUAUGUAGGAUUGUUGUGAUGGUCUGAUAUCAGAAUAAAUUUGU